AUGGAGGGGUUAUUUCUCACAAUUGUGCUGUCGAUUGUUAUACCGUUGUUAAUUUUGCUUAUAUGGUUUUUUGUAAUUUUUAUUCUGGUAAAGAAAUGUGUUUUCAAUAAGAGACAUCCUUCCGAAAAUGGGGACACUGUGCCUUGCAGGUUUCAUGAUUGUGCUGGUGAAACCACGGCCAUAUCGGAUUGCCCAGACGAACCAAUCUUAAGCAAUCAAGAACGUUCUUCUGAUGUCCAUGAGCACUACGAAAGAGGUUCUUUCGCCGCCAACCAGACGUUACAGCUACCACUUUACUCGACUUUACCAAGAAAUGCAUCUCGUCCCUUCUCCAGCGAUUGUUCCCGCGACGACCGAAGGACAAAUUCGAGACAUGGCUACAGACUUUGUCCUCGCAAUUAUUCUCCCUUCAGUCAAGACACUUCUUUGAAUCAAUCCGAAACUAUGCAAGAAUUAUCUAUGUAUUGUGACCGCUACAUCGCUGAUGCACAUUACGAUCCGCCACCACCAUAUAAUUCGAGAGAAAAUGUGCGGGAACAUUCGCAACUCACACGGACAGUUUCUGGGAGAGAGGCUGUCAGUCUCUCUUCGGCUUAUGGGUGUGAAACUUGGAUAUGA